AUGACGACGAAAACAACUCACGCUUCAGAGGUUCCCUCUAAUCCUCAAUCAGGGAAACAUCAGAUUAACCUCAUCCGCGGUUGGCCAAACCCGGGCCUUCUUCCUGUUGAUCUCAUCUCAGCAGCUGCCCAGCGCAAUCUUUCUGACCCGUCCGUUUACGUCCCGGCCUUACAGUAUGGCGCUGACCCGGGAUAUCAGCCCCUGCGUGAAGCAUUGGCGACCUGGUUGUCUGAGCACUACCGUGUCGAGCGUGAUCCCAAUCGCAUUUGUAUCUCAGGCGGCGCAAGUCAGAAUGUUGCAUGCAUUCUACAAAGCUUCACCGACCCUCAUGUAACCCAAGCCGUGUGGUGCAUUUCACCAUCGUACCAUCUCGUCUUCCAGGUCUUUCGUGAUAAUGGCUUUGAUGGAAGACUGAGAGCUACACCUGAAGAUGAAGAGGGUGUUGAUAUUGAGGCAUUGGAGGCAAAAAUUGUCGCGUUCGAGAAGAAUGCCCCAGAAGCCAAGCCUCCUGUGAGCGACGCUGGGAAGGACCGUAAACAUUAUCGUCAUAUCAUCUACGCUGUUCCCACAUGCUCAAAUCCUUCCGGCAAGACAAUGUCAUUACGCCGCCGAGAAGCGCUCGUCCGACUUGCUCGCAAAUAUGACGCUCUCAUUAUCUGCGACGAUGUUUAUGACUUUCUCCAGUGGCGUAUUGACAGCGAUCCCGGCCAAGUAUCUGCGCGUAUAAACGACCACGAUCAUCCUGAGAUGCUACUCCCUCGUUUGUGCGACAUCGAUCUUGCCAUGGGGCAGGCAGACAAUGAUCCCCAAGGUUUUGGCCAUGCCGUAAGUAACGGAUCAUUCAGUAAACUUGUUGGGCCAGGAAUGCGAACUGGCUGGCUGGAAGGCACGCCUGCGUUUGCUUAUGGACUCGCACAGACAGGUGCAACCAAGUCCGGUGGUUCACCUAGUCAGUUCUGUGCAUCUCUGAUGGCCGAUCUAUUGCAAACUGGGGCUCUCCAGGAGCGACUUACCACAACUAUAAGGCCCAAGCUUCAGCACCGUCACCGCAUCAUGAUGGAAGCUAUUCAUAAGCACUUAGGACCCCUGAGUGUUGGCAUUCGAGAUACUGGUCUCCCUGGGGGGCUUGUUUACGGUGGUUACUUUGUGUGGCUCACGUUGGAAGAAGGCAUCUCAGCCAAAAUUGUUUCACAAGCUGCAAUGGCGGAAGAGAACUUGGUGGUUGGUAACGGGACUAUGUUCCAAGUGCCUGGGGAUGAGAAGACGGUGAAUCUGGAUAACGCAGUUCGGCUGACAUUCGCAUAUGUCCCUGAGGAGGACCUGACCGAUGGCGUUCAGAGGUUAGCAGGCGUGCUACAGAGGAUGAAAGAAAACCCCGACAAAUACAAAGCAUCUGCCAGUGCAACAGCCGAUAGCGACAUCAUAGAUGCCAACAAAUAA